AUGUUUCCACCAGAUUUUGUCUCGGGCCAAUAUGCGGAUGUCGCGAUUCACUGCGGUGAUCUCACUACAGAAUCGAAACUUGACGAGUACAAAGCCUCGAUUCGUUUCCUGCAAGCCGUGAAUGCCCCUCUCAAACUUGUGAUCGCUGGCAACCAUGACUUCAAUAUGGAUAUCCCAAUUUUCCAGAGAAAGGUCGCAGAAGCCCAGCCCUUGGAUUCUAAAUUAGUUCAAAAGAUUUAUGGCAACUGCGAAGAUGCUCGAGGGUUAUUCAACGAGGAGGAAACGGGUAUCACUUUCCUAGAUGAAGGUACCCACUCUUUUCGCUUACAAAAUGGUGCCCUUUUGAGUGUCUAUGCCAGCCCAUACACCCCAUCGCUUGGCGAUUCGGGAUUUCAGUAUCACCCCGACCAUGGACAUGACUUUCAAAUCGAGAACGUCGAUAUCGUCAUAGCACAUGGAUCGCCAGAGGGUAUCAUGGAUUACACACACUCUGGCCAGCGCGCCGGCUGCCCACAUCUGUUCAGGGCUAUAGCUCGAGCCCAACAUCGACCCCUGAUGCAUUGUUUUGGUCAUAUCCACGAAGGAUGGGGUGCCAAAAUUGUCUGA